GAGCGGAGUUGGGCAUUCCCUUUGGAGGGAGGUCGGAGUUAGAGCCGGAGUCAUGAUUGUUCGUUUUUUCAGUUUUCGCUGCUUUGCGCGCUGCAUCUGCAUCUAAUCCUCCCCGACCGACGAUUUGGCUCAUGGAUUCAGCAAAAAAGGGAAAAAGGUCCUUGGCUGGGAGCUCGGAUUUUGGCAUCAUUACUACCUAAUGGCCGUGUAUAUUUUCACAAAAAAGCAAUGGGGACGGGGAAUAGAGGCUGGAGUCGGAUGGUGCACACAAAGGGCGGAGGGCGAGAUGACGGACAGGAGCAUAGGGACAGGGAACCUAGGACGAAAGAGGCCUGGAUAGGCCCGGCUGGAAGCAAGACAGAAAGGAACAAUAUCUGUACGUUCUACUGUUGCAAAAUAAUCAUCAGUACCUUUGGUCUGAGGGGAGUUUGGUGGACAGUGAGGAAGGGUUGGGCAAAACUGAUACCAACAAAGUUGAAUGAAGAAAGCAUGCAAAAGUUGAUCAUGACAAGCCAAGCCGGUGCAAGGUUGCUCAAUGCAAAGCUGGUUGAAAACGAUGCAAGAUUGAUACGAGCAAAAUCAAACAGGCUCGUGGUGAUGAUGGAUCGAUGAUGGAGCUAUGACAGUUGACACGAAGAUGAAUCAGUUCAUAGCAGCAACAACCGAGAGCG